CUCAAUCUUUUCCCACUUUUUUUUUUGAGCCAGAACCGCCAUGCACGUCUUGAAUCCCGUCUCUGUGAUUAGCGCUAUCAUCCUUCUUUCUCUCUUGUUUGCUUGCACCAUGGAUACAUACUCUCAAGACGUGGCUUACACGAUGCCCCGGUCAGUCGAAGUGCUGCGGAAAAUCAUGCCUGUUGCAGUAUUAGUUUUUCUAUACUAUACUCGAUGGGUAAAUCAACGCUUAACACCAACAACAACAGCAGCAGUAGCCGUAGCAAUCACAAGCUUGAUUAACGCAACAAUAGCAGCAGCAGCAGUAAUGCUGAUGAGUGUCACUGCCCUAACAAUAGCACUAGCAGCAAAUGUACUCUUACUUGUCAUCGGCGUAGCAAAAGCGACAGCAACAGAGGUGGUGAUUUUUGUCGUUGGCAUCGUAAAAGCAACAGUAACAGAAGUGUCGCUGUUCGUCGUUGGCGUUAUAAAAGCAAUAGCAACAGAAGCGUCGCUGUUCGUCGUUGGCAUUAUAAAAGCAACAGUAACAGAAGUGUCACUGUUUAUCAUCUGCGUUGUAAAAGUAACAGCAACAGAAGCGCCGCUAUUUGUCAUUGGUAUCGUAAAAGUAGCAGCAACAGCGCUAGUGACAAGUGUUAUUCCCGCAGCGGCAGAAACGAGCAUAGAAACAGAACCACUACCCUUCUCACCAUCGUCACCAGCCCUACCCAACCUCAGUGCAUUUUUCCGAGAGCCAGAGGAGCCAACUCGUGAAUGGCUCGAGGCAGUCGCCUACCGACGCCCAGUUCCUGUUCACCCUGAAGUUGCCUAUUACAAAGAGGUGCUUCUCCGGUGCGAAGUACGCGAGCGACAGCGGCAGCAGGAAGAACAAGAGUACCUGCUGGAGGAGGCGGAUCGACGACGCCGCUUUGAGGAGCAUCUACAGCAACUUGAGAAGCAGCAACAGCAGCAGCAACUCGAACAACAGCAGCUGCAGCAGCAACAACAACUCGAGCAACAGAUGCUGGUCAACUCCGACUACAUGGACUGGGAGCAAUCCUUUGCUUGUAGUCCUGAGAUUCUAAUUAAGCCAGUACGAAGAGAAAACAACGAAAAUCUGGAAAAAAACCGAAAAAUCACAAAAAAAAUCCACAAAAACAAGCGUCGCCCAAAUAUGCACUUGUCAGUGGUGAUGUACGGUUGAUACUCUUUAUCAGUUCCAUUACAGUAUUACAAGCAAUCAUUGGAGUAUACAAGGGCCUGCCUACAAAAGUCAUUGACAGCAUCUUAUUUUUGCAAAUGCAUUCCUCAACAAGUGGUAAUAAA